AAAUCAGCCAGACAGCAAAGUGCAAACGUUCGAGCAGGAGGUCCACCGUCGUAUCUCUCUGCCAGUGCCGUCUUCUGUCAUCAUUUUUCAUAUUCAAUCAUCAAACCGAGAGUGUUGGCUUUGUGUGUUUUUAGUCGUAGUUCUCUGCGUUGUAGCAAACACAGCAGCAGUAGAAGCAGGAAGUUAUAAUAAGGUGGCAAUUUGGAAAAUGUUUUCAAUUUGUGGAACCAAUUGAUCCCUGAUCUGGGUUGUGUUGGAAGUGUUUUCCGGGUGGUGCCCGUCGUCGUUUCUCUGCGAGGAUAGUGUAUUGGAUUGGAUUCCGCAGUGGUGAAGAACCGGAAUUUCGGUGCCGUCGUGUUAUUCAGGGAGUGUUCUGUUGGAAUAAGAAGAAACCCCGUAUCGCCGUCACCGCCCUCCCCCUUCAGAAGUGCGAAUCAAAGUGUUCUUUCGGUGAAGAAUAUUCAUCCUCGCACAGAGGAAGGCUAGUUCAGUGCGGAGUGAAGAAAAAUCAACACACAUCAUCCCCGCGAACCGAGGAGACGAAUACACUCGCACAGGAAGUGGUUCCCUGUGCAGAUAUACGCGUAUAAGUUGCUUACAUUCACAUUCAGACUGAACGGUGUGGUGCGUUUUGUUGCGACGGAAUCAGUUCCGAAUCGGUUCUUCUCGGUGUGGUUUUGUGGAUUCUAUCCCACCACCACGACCCAACACGCCAGUCAUCAUCGGGCACAAUCAUUGUCGUGUCGUUGGUUCGCCGUCACUGAGAGCGCCGCGCCAUCAUCCGUAGACUAAGCAGAACCGGAACGGACUAGUAGCAGGGAAUCGACGUCGACGACAACGACGACGACAACGAUUACGUCAAAAUGGCGCAUCAAAUGAUGCCCCAGUCUGUGAACUGCUCACUGGACGAUAUCGAUUUGAAUGCACUGAAGGACCCAGCUGGAAUCUUCGAACUGAUCGAAGUGGUCGGAAAUGGAACAUACGGACAGGUUUAUAAGGGUCGCCACACAAAGACUGGACAACUCGCUGCCAUUAAGGUGAUGGACGUCACCGAAGAGGAGGAGGAGGAAAUCAAAUUGGAAAUCAACGUGCUCAAAAAGUACUCCAACCACCGAAACAUUGCCACGUACUAUGGUGCAUUUAUCAAAAAGACCUCGGCCGGCAAGGACGACCAGCUGUGGCUGGUGAUGGAGUACUGCGGGGCCGGAUCCGUCACAGAUUUGGUCAAAUCGACCAAAGGUCAGAGCCUCAAAGAGGAAUGGAUUGCCUACAUUUGCCGGGAGAUCCUACGGGGGUUAAGCUACCUGCAUACGAACAAAGUGAUACAUCGGGACAUCAAAGGCCAGAACGUGCUCCUGACAGACAAUGCUGAGGUCAAACUGGUUGAUUUCGGCGUAUCAGCUCAGCUGGACAAAACCAUCGGCAGGCGGAACACUUUCAUCGGUACCCCGUACUGGAUGGCACCAGAAGUGAUCGCUUGCGACGAGAAUCGCGAUGCCACCUACGACAACCGGUCGGAUCUGUGGUCUCUUGGUAUUACCGCCCUAGAGAUGGCCGAAUCGCAACCACCCCUAUGUGAUCUGCACCCGAUGCGGGCCCUGUUCCUUAUUCCCCGGAAUCCACCGCCACGACUGAAAUCGAAAAAGUGGUCCAAAAAGUUUCACGGAUUUAUCGAUACGGUGCUAGUGAAAGACUAUCACCAACGGCCUUACACGGAACAAUUGCUGAAGCACCCGUUCAUCAAGGAACAGCCCACGGAACGACAGGUGCGGAUACAGCUGAAAGACCAUAUCGAUAGGUGUAAGAAACGCAAACAGGAGAAGGAACGCGAUGACUAUCGGUAUUCGGGUUCAGAGAACGAGGAGGAGGAACUGCCGACGGCUGGCGAGCCGUCGUCUAUUAUUCAGGCCCCGGGCGGUGAUACGCUCCGGCGGAACUUCCAACAGAUUCAGGAGGGCCGAGCGGUGAUGCAGAGUGUUGAACAGCAACAACAGCAGCAGCAACAGCCACCACCGAAUGCCAACCGAAAUCAGAAACCUCAACCGCGUGACGAACGGAGUAAACAGCAAUCAGUGGAGGAACCGGGUCCUCCCUCGCGGCCAGCACUACCUCAGCGGCUGAUAGUGGUGCCGGACCCGCCGCCCAAUGCCAACGCAAACCGGCCUCUACCUCCUACGCCCCGGUCCGGCAGUGGAUCUUCCCAGUCCCAAUCCCAGCAGUCCCAACAACCGCCAUUGUCCCAGCAACAAACGCCCCAACAACCGCCCCGAAACUCACAGAACAUCUUUAAACCAAUGCUGCCGCCACGACGACCCGAGGAUUUGGACAUGUUAGCCGCACAACUAAAUGAAUUGGGCGUCUCCCAACAGUCACAGCAAGCGCAACCGGAAGCCCCACCGCGGAACAACCGGCAGCAACAGCAGCAGCAGGUGCCAUCGUCGCAGCAGUCCGGCGGCGGAGACGGCCGGGGCGGCAGCAGCAACAGCGGUAAGCCCAUCAUGGGGGUGGCCGCCUCCAACGGGAACAACAACAAUAACAACAACAACCACCACCACGGGCAGCCGAUCAAUCCGCUCGAUCCGAUCGAGAGCUCCGACUCGGACUCGGAACCGGAAGAACCGAACGAUCGGGCACGGAACGACGGUACGCUGCUGGCCAGCGAUCCGCCCAAGCCACUUCCCGAAUUCUCCUAUAGGCCCGGCGGACUGGGAGUGCUGGCCGAGUCCGACCAGAACAACCAAUCGUCCACAACGACGCCCGGCGGCAGCAACAGUGGCGUGCUUUCGCCGCCUAGCGGUGGACCACCGAACCGACCACUGCCACCAACGCCGGACGAUGACGAUGCGCAGAGCGACCGGACGCUGAUUAAGAGGAGCUACGAUAACAAAUCGUCCUCAUCGAUUGGUACCACGACCUCCUCCGCCUCGACCGGAUCUACUCAAUCCGAAAGCGAGGAAGCAGUCCUGCUGCGCGACUGGGAUUUUGAACGUUUCUUCCCAUCGAACGAACGCCCCCAACGAUCUUCCCACCAGCAACGCCACUCCAUGUCGGACAAGUCAUCCUCCUCGUCGCCAGCGGAUUCCAACGGGCGUCUCAAUGGUCUGGACAAACUCCGCAAGGAGCGUGAAAACAGCAAAACCUCCAAUCUGGCAUUCGCCGAAAAGAAAAAGGUCGAAGAAAUGAAUAAUAGGAUUCGACUGGAGGAGCGCGUAAAAAGUGAAAUUUUCGCCCGCCAGUACCAGAAACAGCAAUCUCCCGGCAAGUCUAGUCCCGGUUCGUCUUCAUCAACUGCCACCAACCAGCAACAACAGUUCCUUGCACCGCAAUCUCACAAACGCCAAGAAUCAGACUCUAAACUCUCGCUUAACUUUGUCCGGGGAUUUCGCCGGGAGAACUCGGACUUCUUCCCACUGUCCAAGCGGCACUCGGCCAUCCUCGGCGAGCAGCUUACCUCCAACAGUGGCAACAAUUCCAAGCAAAUGUCUUCCAGUGCCAUCCAAUCGCAGCAACGUUCCAGUGCCAUAUUCUCACGCAAUCGCAACAAGGGCGAACCCAUCCUAACGGAUUUCACCGUCACGAAGCGGGGCGACGGUGAUGAACCACGACCUCGCACGCCCCCUAGACCAGCUGGCCAAACCUCCAGCAGCAGUCCACAGCAGCAAACGCCUGCGACCCGGCAGGGAAGCUCCACCCCAUCGGUACGGAAUCUGGACUUCCUGAGGCCUCGCCGCGAGAAAACCGAAUCGGUCAUCUUUGUGCGCAAUUCGCCCACACGGCAGCAGCUGUUCGACAGCCAGAACCGAGGUGGUGAAAACAGCAGUUUAGGAACCCCCGGCCAACGGACGAGCAGUGUCCUUCCGGAUUUGCUGAGCCAAGCGUCCCCGGCCACGCCACCACGACACGACAAAUCCGCCAGCGAAGAGUACCGAGCGGCCGUCAGUUCCUCCGCCCAUUCCACCCCUUCCAAGUCCUUCAUCGCCGUUGCGAGCGGUGGCAUCGCGAACAACAACAACAACAUCAAUAUCAAUAAUUUGAACCACCAACAUAGUAGUAGUAACAAUGCCAGCCACCACCUCGCGCCUCCCAGUGCCGGAGCAGGGGGAGAAGGUGGGGGAAGACCAGCAGGAACUAGCAAUUCCUCGCCGCACUCGACGGUGUCGAAUUCGCCCUCUUCCUCCCACCAUAACAGUCCAAACCAUUCGAUUAACAUUAGAAAUCUAAACAACCACAACAAACUUCUUCAUGGUAGUAGCAAUAAUAACAAUCAUUUACCUCCCUAUCAAUUGAACCAACUAAACCACCACCACCACCAUCACCACCAUCUACAACAACAACACCAACUGUUGCACCACCAACAAUCGCAACCUGCUUCGCUGAACUCCGUCCCUGGUGCUGGCGCGAACAACUCUGGUGCGCCACUCCCGUUGCCGCCGUUUGCGCUGGCCCUGCAACAGAAGCAACGAAGUUUCCUCACGUUCGGUUUCAGCGCCGGAUCGGGUGGAUCCGGUGCCGCCCGGCGGGAAAGUCACGUCAACGUGAACGUGACGCCGACGUCGCACGAUGCCGCCUCCGAUACGCCCGAGAUCCGCAAGUACAAGAAACGCUUCAACUCGGAGAUCCUGUGUGCAGCGCUGUGGGGCGUCAACCUGCUCAUUGGAACCGAGAAUGGUCUCAUGCUACUGGAUCGGUCCGGACAGGGCAAGGUGUACCAGCUGAUAUCGCGACGAAGAUUCCAACAGAUGGAAGUGCUAGAAGGGCAGAAUAUCCUGGUGACCAUAUCCGGCAAAAAGAAUCGAGUGCGAGUGUACUACUUGUCGUGGUUGAAGUCCAAAAUUCUUCGAACCGAUGGAAUGGGUGAUCAACAAGUGGAACGCCGCAACGGUUGGAUCAACGUCGGUGAUCUGCAGGGAGCCGUCCACUUCAAAAUCGUUAAGUACGAACGGAUCAAGUUUUUAGUCAUAGCGCUGAAAGAAUCGAUCGAGAUCUACGCCUGGGCGCCGAAGCCCUACCACAAGUUCAUGGCAUUUAAGAGUUUCGCUGAACUAAUGCACCGCCCACUGCUCGUUGAUCUCACGGUCGAGGAGCAAACGCGACUGAAGGUGAUCUACGGUUCGGCGGAAGGGUUCCACGCGGUCGAUCUUGACUCCGCCAUAGUCUACGAUAUCUACCUUCCUAAACAUACUCAGGGUCCAAUUUCGCCGCACUGCAUUGUCACGCUGCCGAACUCGAACGGUAUGCAGCUGCUGCUGUGCUACGACAACGAGGGUGUCUACGUAAACACGAUGGGACGGGUGUCGAAAAACAUCGUUCUGCAGUGGGGCGAGAUGCCGACUUCGGUCGCGUACAUCGGCACCGGUCAGAUCAUGGGCUGGGGCAACAAGGCCAUCGAGAUUCGUUCGGUUGAAACCGGUCACCUGGAUGGGGUGUUUAUGCACAAGAAAGCCCAACGCCUCAAGUUCCUCUGCGAGCGGAACGACAAGGUGUUUUUCAGCAGUGCCAAAGGUGGUUCAUCGUGUCAGAUCUACUUCAUGACGCUGAACAAACCCGGAAUGGCCAACUGGUAAAACGGUUGGGAACUACAAUCACACAACAACACACACACAGGCACGGCGGCAUAAUAGGGUGUAUGCGGAUCGUAAUGCAAGCACUGAGAACGAGAGAGCGUGAUUGAAUGAUAGAGAAAGCGUGGGAGAACAUGGCGUGGUGACUCCUAGAUGGCGGAGGCACUGUUACUCCUAUUAUUAUGCAGCACACAGACACAGACAGAUAGUGACACUCUGUUUAGAUAAGGUAAGUUAGACGGUGGAAUGCGUUUUGAGAAUUUUUCACUGAACAAAAAAUGAGAAUUAAGUUAGAACAAAUAAUUUAGAAACCGUGAAAUCGGAGAAUCUGCCCAGGAUAGAUGUGAAUCGUGUUUAGCAAAGCAAGUAUAAUGUCGUAUAUAUUAAUUAUACCAUUUGGAAAAAAAAGUUUACAACUUUAAUUAUCUCUGUCUGGAUCCGAGGAGCUAAAUUUUCAAAUUUUCUUCUCCGUUUCCCCAACGCUUCCUCUUCAAUCGCCAGUUUUCGUUUUGAGGCGUUUCGCAUUGGGAAUCUUGGCGCUGCUUCUUGCAAAUCAUGAAUCUUAAAAUGUCUAUGUAAAUAUGAAUUUAUCAUACCCCCUCUUAGCUAUCAUACUUAUGGUGAAACCGAAUCCGAUACAGCGAAACACGCGACAUUAAAUUACGGGAGCGGAAAAAGUCGAACAAACCUUGUGAUUAGUUAUUCGGAAUAACUGCUUUUGGGUUCAAGAGAUCCAGGGUAGAUGUUAUUUCACGGAGAAUCCGGUUAAAUUAGCAAGAAAGUCAAAAAAAAAUCUGACAGUAGAAUUUUAAAUCAUUUCCAAUUCUAGAUAGACAGUCAGACGUAAGCUGCAGAAUUGCAGAAACAUAGCCGCGAACCUAUGAAUCGACGGUUGUGUUGACACUUUGAUACAGAUUGUAUUAUAUAUUUGUUUGUUUUUUUUAUAUAUAUACAUAGAAAGCUUAUUUUUAUACACACGCCCAUACUUUACGCGCCAGAACUAUAUUUUUUCUAUUGUUUGUUUCCUAUUUUUACGUUUGAACAAAGUACGCUCUACUAUUAUAUACGUUCUUGCUUAAAUUCGUGCUGUAUAAAUAAGCAAGUUGGAUAAUUUAAUGAUUGUAUUUGGUGUAUAUCGCCCUUAGGCGCCAGCCCGGUCAGGGUUGGGUAUUUUAAUUAAAAAUCUCUUUAAAUAUAACCAACCAGACAUUGAAAGCGUUUGAAGUGAUGACUGCAUAAAUUAAUGUACCGAAUACGCAAAAAAAAGUCGGUGGUUAUUUACCCACAUUUCCUCAAACAAUGACCUCUCGAUUACUUGCCUUAAUCGAACAUCGGAUGUCUAUAUGUUUAUUUACUGCAAACACAGUCAGAAAGAAUACAGAUGUUCUGCAAUACUAUUGAAAAUCUUUUCUGUUUUUAAUCUGUUCGUUAACGGUUAGGUUGUUUAACCGAUUGGUUUUCCUAGAAGAGUCAAAAGGUCGAAACGAUUUAUUCCCGUUUCUAAUAAGUGCCAUUUUCUUCUGUUUUAUCUUUACCCUUCCCGUGUGCAAUAAUCUACUCAGCAACACACAUUUCAACGAUCCUUCUGUUUGUACGAUCCCAGAUUAAAAGAAGAAAAUCGUCAUCAACUUUUGCGCCUAGGUCAAUCUUACAGUGAAUAACAAUAACAACAAAAGUCUGAUCUUUAUCUAUAUCUUUAAAUUCUAUUCUUAUCACAAUUUACCGCAACAUAGUCAUGCGUGGGAUGCUAUUCACUCGGUGCAGAUAGCGCCAAAAGGCUUUUUGCUUCGAGUAAACGGACUUCCGCUGUAUGAAAAUUUUCGAUUUUUUCCUAAAUUUCUCACUUGAAAGAGAAAGUAAGGAACAACCACAAUAGAGAAGGAUUACACAAACAACUUUAGAGGAAGCAACCACUAGCUACAGUAAAGUGCACAUUUAGUGAAGCAAAACAGCAAAACACAGUUGAAUUCAAAAGUAGCGAGUAAAGAAAACAAUAGGUAUCUUAAUAAGGCGAUAAAAGUUAGACACAAUUUUUAAACUGAUCAAACCAAUCAUGGAACACACCCAAAACAAAAAAAUAAAAUAGGAGUAAACAAACGCAACGGUAGUGAGAGAAAACAGUUUUUAUGGGUUCAAUCGCCAUACCGAAUAAUAGAAAAAAGGAUCGUGUAAUGAAAUGCCUUCAACCAACAUUAAACAAAAAGAAACACAAACAAAAAACAUAGACAGUGAUAGGAAAAAUAAUAAUCACACAUUGCUUACAUAAUAUUUUAUUUCAAAUCAGAUUUUCAAACUUUUCGUUCGUUGGAAACAGUUUUUCCUAUAUGUGCAUAAGAACGACGCAUUUUGACAUUUAUUCCGCCAUCUUCAUCGAACCCUGUCCAUGAAUAAAACGAAAACACUCAUACCCAUACAUGCAUUUCACUAAAACACACUCAAAUAUAAGUAUUCUAAGUGAAAAAAAACACACACUUAUACACAGGUUUAUCUCCUUCAUAUCUUUAUUAUUGUAGAAUUCACUGAAACUCACAAGUCCUCAUAAAAACAACACUAGUACACAAAAAAUAUAACUUUGGUUGAAUGUGAGAUAGGAACUACAAAAAUUAAACGAAAUUAGGUAACACAUGAUCACAUCUCACUAAUCAACCAAACAAACAUAUUGAUUCUUAUUCAUGCUAUCAUUGAGCGAGAACAUUUACAUACAAAAAAUAAAACAAGUAUAGUAAUACAUGAAGAACAAAAACAAACAGAGCGACACAACACAAAACACUGUUUUAAGAACAAACGAUGAAUAAACAGAAAGUAUAAAUAAUAAUAAAAUGAACACAUAAACGAAUUGAUAAAUGUUAAACAGCGCGAAAGAGAUGAAGAGCGAAGGAAAGUGCAUAACAACAUCGACGGAAUCUUAGACAUUCAUCUUAUUUGUGAAGCGACAUUAAAAACUGAAAAAUAGGACGGCUGGAGGAGGGGAGGGGGGAGAAUAUUCCGAUUGGCAAAAGCUGAUCAAAAGCACAGAAGCGCGCGCGUUGCACAGCAGCAAACAAUGGGCAAAACAGUGAGAGGUUAAUGUGGCAGAGGCGAAAAAGAUACGGAUAAUCGAGACACGAAGUAGCUGUAGUAGAAGAGGAAGAAGAAAAUAUGCAAGGAGAGCGGAAAACAUUAGACAGUAAUAGGAAUAUUUAUAAUAAAAAAAUUAUAAAACGAAAACCGAAAAA